AUGAACAGUCCCAUCGAAGAAGAACAACUCAACUAUAGGGAUCUCAGUUGUUCCCCUGGUACGAAUAUCUUUGUAUCUUAUUAUGCUUUGUAUUCUCCUUCACCUGUAUCGGUCACUGAUGCGCUUCAACAGGAUCCCAAAACCCUUCCUAGUAUCGCAGAGGUUUCAUCAUCGAGAGAGGCUGGAAUUUCUGUACUAGAAGUGCGGAUGACGAUAAAAGCACUGGUUUCUCCUCGAAGUGUGGAGGUGAACCAAGAUACUUCAGACAUUCCAUUAGCUAUCAAUAGAGUCGUUGUUGAACAGGUUCAUAUUGAAAGGAUGGCAGUUGUACGCCCUGCCUCCCUUCAACCAGUUGCUCGCAGUCUCAAAUUCCCUUCUAAUCCUGUUGACAUGGCAACGCCAACGACUUUGGAUUUGAGUUUCGGGGCUAGGGAAUUAUCUUUUAAUAUUGCGACUACCGUCGUAGAUAUUCCCGAAUCCUCAGAAAUAGGGGCAUCUACAUCACAAAUUAUUCCACAAUCUACCCCCAAAGAUGUAAUCUCUAAACACGAUACUGGAAACCCUUUAAUAUUCUCGUCAAGGAGCUCUGGUGGUGGCAAAAAAUCUUCGCUCUUCAAUUGUUACUUGGAGAGGACUCUGGUCGGGGUAGGUAAAGCUGCAGCUAAGCUGGCUAAAGCAUCUGCCUUUGCAUUCUUGCAUCGCGGUGUUAAAUCAUUGUCGGAGAAGGUAACAACGAACAUGCAUGAUGGCCCAAGGCGAAAAACCACCUCCACCUCCACCUCCACCUCCUACUUCUCCUCGUCCCUCCUCGUCCCUCCUCCCAGAGAUUGCACAACACCUUCGAAAGCUGGAAUGGAAAGAAACAGAGGAGACUACCAUAGAUAUAAUAAUCCAGAGCCCUACCGAAGUUCCAGAACGCCUCAUCCUCCCCCUCCUUCUAGGUCUUCUUCUUCCUCUGACAGCCGUCCCCCACCCUUCUCCAAUCAUCACCACCAUCAUCACAGUCGAUACUCCAAUAAUUCUCGUAGCAGCGGCUUCUCUGAUGGUCUCCCUCCCUUCAAUGAUUCUCAGAACCAGCCAUUAGGUGGUGGGGCCGGGUUCCGUCCCACGGGCGGUGGGUACGGCGGGCCCGGCGGCCAGAUGGGGUCGGUAUCUGGACACAAACGCGGUGCCAGUGGAUUCCCGGUGUCUGACAGAGGUGGAUCUCCUGAUAAGAUUGAUGGUGGCAAUUUCGCAAAGCUUUUUAUUGGAUCUGUUCCAAGGACAGCCACUGAAGAAGAUAUUCGCCCCUUCUUUGAGGAGCAUGGAAAUGUUAUUGAGGUUGCUUUAAUCAAAGAUAAGAGAACCGGCCAACAACAAGGAUGUUGUUUUGUAAAAUAUGCAACUACAGAGGAAGCUGACAGAGCCAUUAGAGCUCUGCACAAUCAGAUUACUUUGCGUGGGGGAUCAGGUCCCAUCCAAGUUAGGUAUGCUGAUGGGGAACGGGAGCGCCUCGGUAAUUUUGCAAGUGCAGUUGAGUACAAGUUGUUUGUUGGUUCCAUGAACAGACAAGCUACAGAAAUGGAAGUUGAAGAAAUCUUUUCUCCUUAUGGGUGCGUUGAAGAUGUCUAUAUCAUGAGAGAUGAUCUGAAGCAAAGCCGUGGAUGUGGAUUUGUCAAAUUUUCUCGUAGAGAGAUGGCAGAAGCAGCUAUAAAUGCUCUUAAUGGAACCUAUGUGAUGAGGGGCUGUGAUCAACCAUUAACUGUUCGUUUUGCGGAUCCGAAGAGGCCUAGGGCUGGAGAGUCAAGGUUUGGUCCUGCAUUUGGGGGUCCUGGUCUUGGCCCUCUAUCUCAAGCACCAUCAGGAGUCAGGCCCAUGUCCAAUCUUGGUGAAUCUAUUGGAGAGUUUAAUCCAUCCAAUGCUUGGGAUCCAAUGAGCCCACAGAAUAUGGGCCCAUCUUCGAAAAUUAGUAAUCAUUCUUUUGGGGGUCAUUUGGCUGCCAGGGAUGUUGGGGCAAUUUCUUCAAGUGCAGUUGGUUCCUUGGGAGCCCUUGGUGGACCCAGAAAUGGUUCUCUUCCGGACCUUCCAGUUACACCAUCCUCUACACCACAACAGAGUUUCAACCCAUCUAUAGCACAGAUUCCAUCCUUCAGUUCGAAAAUAUCACCGUUGCAGAAGCCGCUAGAAUCUCCCCAAGACAUGCCAUCUUCCCUGCAAUUGCACCCCCUACGAACAUAUGCAUCCUUCUCACAGGCACAAACUUCACAGCCAUCGAUCCAGCAGCUUGGUCAGCUGCAAUUCCCUCUUUCCGUAGGCCAACACUCCUUCAGUCAAGCAUUACCAUCUCAACAGUUAUUUGGUUUGAGCAGGCAGUCAUCUGUUUCUCAGCCUCUGGUUCAGCAGAGUGCCUCCGCAGCAGGACUACAGACUCCCUUGAGCUUGCAACAUCAAGGAGUGACUGCUACUACUGCUGUUGCUACUUCAAACCAACAGCAGUUGCCUGCUGGUUCUAUCCAGCAACCACUGCCUAAGCCCAUGCAACAAUCACCAUCUCAGCUACCGCAGGUGCUGGCACAACAUCAGACUCAGGUUUUGCAAUCAAGCUUUCAAUCCUCACAACAAGCAUUUUCUCAUCUGCAACAGCAAUUGAAUUUAAUGCAACCAAAUAUUCAAAGUCUUAGCCUGCAGCAAACUUCCCAGGCUGGAAAACCACAGUCUCCAUGGACUGGAAUCACAGCGCAGACAGCCAUCAGCUCUCAGGCUACUGCACCCUCUGUGAUUGUGCCUUCAGCCAUGUCUGCUGCUCCUGCGACUACUCUUGGUGCCUUGGCCUUGCCCACUCUUACUUGCCAUUGGACCGAGCACACCUCUCCCGAAGGAUACAAGUAUUAUUAUAACAGUGUAACCACUGAAAGCAAGUGGGAGAAGCCUGAAGAGUUGACCCUAUUUGAACAACAACAACAGCAACAGAAAUUGUACCAACAAAAACUUGCAGUUCCUCAGCCUCAAUCUGAGUCACAUACACAGAUUCAGUCUGCCCAACACAUUUCUCAAACCCAGCAGGUUGAACCUCAGCUCAGGCAGCAGCAGCUGAUACAACUCCAGCAACAGUCUUUAUCUUCAUCGUAUGGUCGUUCUGGUGUAACCGGUGAACCAAAUGUUAGGGAAGUUGGUUAUGCACAAUUACAGGCGACUAACAGUUCACUCAUUGAUACUGCUCGCUUCCAACAGGGGCUUCAGUCUGCACAGGAGUGGAUGUGGAAAAACAAGCCUGCAGGAACUUGAUGUGGAAAAACGGCGUUGAGGGAAUCAUGUGAGCAGAAAUGAAUACCGAUAACUCGUGGGAGCAAUGCAGGUAGUCUUCUUUGCACUGUAAGAGGAAAUGUAACUCUAAUAUUCUUCCUGAGUCUCUCUAUUACCUGGAGAAUUUUUACUCUCCAUAGAGAAAAUAGAAAAGAAAUCUUUCACUUGUUAAUCCCGGGACAGUUAAUGCAUGAGCCUAAGUUUAUUAUGUA